AUGAGGAUUUUCUUGGUUUGGACCCUUUUCCCAGGUGGCUGGGCAGUGACAGGCCCCAGGCAGGUGACAGUAGAGCAGGGCAGCUCACUGGCCCUGUCCUGCAGCUACAAUCCACGCUACAAGCUCAGCUUCAAGUACUGGAGCCGCAAAAGCUCCCUCGUGACCUCCGUGAUCCAAACCGACGGCUCAGAGGUGACGGUGACACGGGACAGGGUGUCCAUCAGGGACAACCACACAGCCAAUUCAUUCACGGUGACCCUGAGCCGUGUCACAGCCGGGGAUGCAGGCCGGUACUCCUGUGGGGUGAAGAGAGUGGGGAUCAGCCGAGGGCACAGCACCGAGGUGAUGGUGUCUGCAGCAGCUGCUUCAAACACAACUGAGAACAGCAACCUGAGCCCAUUGACCACCAAUCCUCUGUGUCCCAGGGGCUGUGGGGAGCCUCCAGUGCUGUCCCAGCGCACUGUCAUCCACUUGCUGCUUCUGCUCAGCAUCAAGGUGCCCGUGGCACUGGCUGUGAUUGGAGGGGCAGCGUGGGAGACCUUUGUUUCGGCUCCCCUUCUCCCCAACGAAAUAGAGUAUAAUUAG